CAGAGUCGUAGAAAACAUGGAAAUUGAUCAGAAAUUCUCAAAGUCCGAUGGUCUGGACAAAAAUGAUCUGUACGUUAUUUAUAAGAAACUACUCAUGGAGCUGGAGUUGUUAAAGGUACAGGAAGAUUAUAUCAAGGAGGAGCAGCGCAAUCUAAAAAAGGAGUUCAUUCAUGCUCAAGAAGAGGUGAAGAGAAUCAAAGCAGUCCCACUUGUUAUUGGGCAGUUCUUGGAAGCAGUUGACCAAAACACUGGCAUAGUUGCCUCAACGACCGGCUCCAAUUAUUAUGUACGAGUACUGUCGACAAUUGAUCGGGAACAGCUUAAACCCUCUGCUUCAGUGGCCCUUCACAAGCAAAGCAACUGUUUGGUGGAUCUAGUCCCACCCGAAGCAGAUAGCACCAUAUCCAUGUUGCAGCCAGACGAAAAACCCGAUGUAAAGUAUUCGGACAUUGGAGGCCUCGAUAUACAAAAACAAGAGAUUCGUGAAGCUGUUGAGCUUCCGCUAACACAUUCUCAGCUCUACAAGCAAAUUGGAAUUGAUCCCCCACGAGGAGUUCUUCUUUAUGGUCCUCCAGGAUGCGGCAAGACAAUGCUUGCUAAGGCUGUUGCCCACCACACCACGGCUGCUUUUAUACGUGUUGUGGGGUCGGAGUUUGUGCAAAAGUACUUAGGUGAGGGACCCCGUAUGGUACGUGACCUUUUCCGUCUGGCCAAACAGAAUGCUCCAUCGGUCAUCUUUAUUGAUGAAAUUGAUGCCAUUGCCACGAAACGUUUUGAUGCCCAGACAGGGGCUGAUCGCGAGGUGCAGCGCAUCUUGUUGGAGCUGCUAAAUCAAAUGGACGGUUUUGAUGAGACUACUAAUAUCAAGGUGAUUAUGGCUACUAACCGCGCCGAUACCUUGGAUCCAGCUCUUCUGCGCCCUGGUCGUUUGGAUCGUAAGAUCGAAUUCCCACUGCCAGAUCGUCGUCAAAAACGUUUGGUCUUCACCACAAUAACUUCAAAAAUGAAUCUCAGCGAUGAGGUCGAUUUGGAGGAUAUAAUAGCACGUCCAGACAAGAUUUCCAAUGCUGAUAUAAAUGCCAUUUGUCAAGAAGCUGGUAUGCAUGCUGUUCGCGAAAACCGUUAUGUGGUGGGGCCUAAGGACUUCGAGAAGGGCUACAAGGCUAGCGUUCGCAAAGACGAGGCCCAACUUGAAUUUUACAAUUAAAAUUUUAAAUUACUUGUAUCGCACAUCAAAAUUAUAAAUCACCAUUUCAUUCCAUUUUUAUACACUGCGAUAUUUGUUGUAGCCUUUUCAACAUAUAAAUCCGAUUCCAAUAAAAUCACUGCAGAAAUUUCAGUUUUCAUAGCUAA